AUGGAUGAAGUGAUGCACGCACUGUUUCUGACGCAUAUACCCACGGGGUGGUGCAUUUUUGAUAAACAAGAAGAAUGUGUUCAAGAAGAAACGGAUAAUUUUAUGAAAGACUAUCAGAAGACAGCGAAAAUAAAGCUAGUCGACCAGAAUGUGCCAGGGAAUGAUAGAAAUAUUCAAAUAAAGAAUACCAAAUUAGAUGAUAAAAAUGUUUGCAGAGAAGCUGCCAUGCUAAAGACAUUUAUUGUAUGUUUGAUACAUGGUUCCAACCGAUCAGCCUGGUAUAUCACAACAAUUUGA